CCGCCGAUUGUACCUACCCAUCGUAACAUAGUAUAUGUGAUAUACAAUAUUUUAAUGUAAAGAUACGUAGUCAAUAUACAUAGAGUUUUACAAUGGCAUCUAUAUUACAUCCUCUAACUUGUGGGUUUGCGAAAAUAGCCGCCUAUAAUGCUUUCAUGAUAAAGAUAGACAGGGAAUCCAACGAAGGUACACAAAUAUAUACUUCAAGAAAGUAUAAGUAUCAGUAUAAUCAGUUUCAAAACCAGUUUCAAAUUGGAGAUGAUAAUAAUUUUGUACUGUCAUAUAGUUUAUUUGUUUCAAAAUACAAGCAAAUCAUAAAAAAUAUUCGCCUUUUGGGAAAAACUUAUCCAUCAAUAAAAACAGAGGUCAUGCAAGAAUUUUCGUUGGAAAGAUGGCGUUGUUUAACUGUAAAACAAAAAACAGAUCAUAGAAUAAAAGAUUGUCUUAAAUGUCAAAAUGAAAUUAAGUUUAAGUAUUAUUUAUCUCAAUUCCCGAAUCGCUGCAAAUCAUAUCAAUCUAUUGCAGCCAAAAAAGGUCUUCUAAAACAUAAAGAGCUUAUGUUAAAUGACAUUACAAACACAAUUAUAACACAGUUGGAUAAAGACUAUCAGAACACAUUUCAAACUACUUUUACAAAAACUCAUUCAAAAAUACUAAAAAUAAAAAACAAAAAUAAGUCCACAGAAGAAAUGUCCAAGCAAAGAAAGCAUAUAAUUAAAAACACUGUGCUAGAUAUUGAAAAUCAAUGGAAAGAAACAUCAGUUAUAAGAACAUAUGGCAAAAACAUUUCACUUAGGACAAGAAAUAACCAUCGUCUUAAUACAAGUAUGGAAACAUUUAAACAAGCAGAGCAGCGAUCUUAUGAAUUUAAAGAAAAAGUAGAUACAGGUGUAAAAAAACCUAAAAAACAUAUUGGAUCAUCACAUGCGUAUAAAGACCAACUGAAUUCAUGUCUUGAAGAGGUAAAGGUUUAUAAAGCUGGGGAAAAAAUUAACUACUCUGAUCUUGCAAGAAAAUAUAAUAUCAUUGAUAAUGAAAAUAAAAUGCCAAAAAAUGGUGGGCAGAUUGUUAAAGAAUUUCUAAAGGAGAACAAUGUCAAUCUAACAAGUUUAUCUGAGCUGAAAAGAAGAAGUGAAGAAAAAAGUCCGGUUAUAAUUCGAAGAAAAAAAGAAGGCUAACAGAUUUGAAUGUUUCCUUUCCCCAAGAAGAAACAAAUGCUCAGGUUGCAGCAAAACUGAAUUUGCUUGUAUCAGAAAAUAAAUAUUCAUUAGGAGAGCUUAUUGCUCCACAAACUUUCUCCAAACUUGU